AUGGCUGAGGCACCUCAUCAGCCUUCGCUGCCGGAGCAUGAAGAGGAAGAUGAGCAGCAGAGCACUGUGCAGGCGACCGAGGCUGCUGACGGGUCUGAGAAACCGAAGCAGAGUGUCCACAAACCACUGACCCGACCUCUAGGGUCCUUGAAGUCCAUGAGCAUUGUGGACCCAGAGGAUGACUCCCCCGACAUGAUCGUCUACAGAAAGAUUGAAGACGUUGUCACUCUUAUCCAGGAUGAGACGGAGGGCGUGGCCAUCAGGACGGUGAAAAGCUUCAUGACCAAAAUCCCCAGUGUUGUUACAGGCACAGAUAUCGUACAGUGGCUGAUGAAGAACCUGUGCAUGGAUGAUGCAGCUGAGGCCGUGCACCUCGGGAGCCUCAUUGCAGCCCAGGGGUACUUCUUCCCAAUCUCGGACCACGUCCUCGCCCUCAAAGAUGACGGCACUUUCUUCCGCUUUCAGGCCCCGUAUUUCUGGCCGUCCAACUGUUGGGAGCCCGAGAACACAGAUUAUGCCAUUUACCUGUGCAAGCGGACCAUGCAGAACAAGACCAGAUUGGAGCUGGCAGAUUAUGAGGCGGAGAACCUAGCCAGGCUGCAGAGAGCCUUUGCCAGGAAGUGGGAGUUUAUCUACUUGCAGGCUGAGGCCCAGGUCAAGAUCGACAGGAAAAAGGAUAAAACCGAGAGGAAGAUCCUCGACAGUCAGGAGAGAGCCUUCUGGGACGUCCAUAGACCUGUGCCUGGAUGUGUCAACACAACAGAGAUGGACAUCAGGAAAUGCAGACGCAUGAAGAACCCCAAUAGAGUUAAGAAGUCGGUGUACGGUUUGGUGGAGGAGGGAACACGCUCACCCCCCGUACACACUCCCUGGCACCACCGCAGGAAAGGCACCAAGGAGGAUGCACAGAAAGAGAUCUUAUUCCUGAACACCCAGGUAGACCGUCACCGUAUGAAGAUGUCUAAAGUUGCUGAAAGUCUGAUAAGCUACACUGAGCAGUACGUGGACUACGACCCGUUUGUGUCGACACUGGACCCGUCUAACCCCUGGACCAGCGACGACCCCUCCAUCUGGGAUCUGGAGGCCAGUAAGGAGCCCAGUCAGCAGCGGGUGAAGAAGUGGGGUUUCUCUCUGGAGGAGGCCCUGAAGGACCCGGCAGGACAGGAGCUCUUCCUAAAGUUCCUGGAGUCGGAGUUUAGCUCAGAAAACCUGCGGUUCUGGUUGGCCGUGCAGGGCCUGAAGAGGAUGCCCCAGAAGGACGUUGCCCAGAGAGCGGAGGACAUUUGGGCCGAGUUUCUGGCGGAGGGAGCACCCAGCUCCAUCAACCUGGACUCGCACAGCUACGAACGCACGAGCCAGAACCUGAAGGACCCCAGUCAAUACUGCUAUGAGGACGCGCAGGACCACAUCUACAAGCUGAUGAAGAGUGACAGCUACACGCGCUUCCUGCGCUCCAACGUGUACCAGGACCUGGCCAAGAAGAAGCCCGAGGUGGAGCAGGGCCGCCGCACCUCCCUGGAGAAGUUCACCCGCAGUGUGGGCAAGUCACUGACGGGCAAGCGACUGACGGGCCUCUUGCUGUCGUCCUGA